UGACCGGACAGAGUCAAGAUGACUACUCAAGAAGCAAUGGAUUACCAUUGCAACUUUGAUGUCUAACCAAGUUCUAAACACUACACAGUGCCUGCUUCAGCUGUCUUCCUAGCCAUGGGAACAAGUUGUUCUCGUGUGCCUAUUUCACCAGGGAAAUUCUUUACAUUCUUGGGAUAGACACCUCCCUAACUUACUGAUGGGUUUCAAACCCCUCAAUUACCCUCAACCAGGCUUAGCCCAAGUGCUGAAAUGGUUUACCAGGGUGUGGUCACUGUGAAUAUUACAGCUUCCUGGAGCCACGGGUGAGAGUUGAUUGGAUUAUCCAUAUCUCUAGAUGGAGAAAUUGAGGUUUAGAGACUGUUCAAAUUCAAUCUUGGCUCAGAGUCAAGAAAUAUUUCCAGUUCAGUUUGACUUCAAUGAAAAGAAUGAGAAGCCAAGCCCAGGGUAAGCUAAGUUGGAGGAAGGGAAUGUCUUGGCCCUGACCUUUCUGCAUAUUCCCAUCUUCAGGAAAUGAAUAUUUUGUCCACAGGUGUCCUGACCUUGGCCUUCAUCCUGGCCAUUUCUAAUUGCCAUGGCUAUUCUGACCUUCUUGCCAAGUGCUUUCAUGACCCUGAAUAUGAAGCUAUUCUGAAAAUUGCCCAGGAGGGACUUGGAACCUCUGCCUUUAAGAAGCAUAUCCUGAUGGUGGGAGCUGGGAUGUCCGGAUUGAUAGCAGCCAAAACCCUUCAGGAUGCUGGACACAAGGUGACAAUCUUGGAAGCCAAGCACAAAAUUGGGGGAAGAGUUGCAACAUUCUGAAGCCCAGAGAAUGACUGGUACAUUGAACUGGGUCCUAUGAGGUUACCAGCCAACC